UUUCAUCCUCUAGCUGGACGGCAUCAUGCUGUGUGUGUAUAAAAUGGUUCAUCGAGCAUGGGUUUCGAUUUAUUACACGUCCAACGUGAGACCGGGUACUAAAGAUACUUUCCAAAGCCGGUAGCACCCUCCAACAGCAGCUCGCAAUGAAACAACGCACCAUGGCCGUUCCUCUGUACGCGUUGCUGCUGCUGCUCACCCUGCAGGUGGCCACCAUGCCGCAAGGUGUGCACGGUUGCAGCAUGAUGAACAACGACAACACCGAACAGCGAGGUGCCCAGCUGGCCGAUUCGGCCACCGCCAAAAAGAUGCCCGAAAUCACCAUGCAGGAGGCGGUGGCCCAGUGCAACCGUACCUUCGUCAUCCAGCCCGACUACCUGGCCGAGCUGAACGAAACCGGAAGUUUCCCGGACGAAACCGACCGGAUACCGUUGUGCUUUAUCCGGUGCUAUUUGCAAACACUCGGCAUACUGACGGAGGACGACAAGGUUAACAAGGAGACGGCGCUCGCACUGAAUUGGGCCACCUCCAGCGAAACGGUCGAUGAGUGUCUGGACGAGAUGACUGGAUCCGGCUGCGAGAAGGCAUACCUCUUUACGCGCUGCAUCAUGACCCGGGCACUGGUGGAUGGAAAGAGCAAGGAUAAUAAGUAAAGUUGCCGAUGUGAUUCCGAAUUCCCGAAACCGGCCGAUACGUACCUUACCGUGACAGACGUGUACAUAAGCGCUAGCAGCUAACGGAGCACACAAUAAACUGUACACACACACAUUUUAAAGCAUCCUGAA